UAAGCAUUCUGAGAAAUUCAUGCAGUAGAGUAAUUUAGAGUACAUUUAGCCUAAAAUAUAAGCAAAAAAAGAAAGUAUUUACAAUUACUAGAAAGCUGCUGAUAUCAUUCAUUAUGUUAUAGGUAAAUCAGCUAAUAGAGUCCAAAGAGUUGAUUAGUAAAUCAAAAAUUUUAUAGCUAUACUAAAGUCUUUAAAGCAAAAUAGGAGACUUCCGUAAUUAGAAGAUGCCUAAUAUUUAUUAUUAAAAGAUUAAUCUUAUUAUUAUUAAAUAAAUGAGCAAAAUAAAAUAAAAAGGUUAUUUACAUUUUUCAUCCUUCUAUUAAGCUUUUUUAAGAUUCCUUUUCCAUUGUUUAUGCCAACUGAUACUUUUAGGAUAUAUUGGAAUUUCUUUUAAGUUUUUUUUAUCUACACUUUUUUGUACAUCUACUCGAUAUUAUUGUUUUUCUGCUCAAACGAAUAAGAUAGUAUCUCUAUAAAGUAAUACUUUAAGAUUGCAUUCAUAUUAUUUUUAUUGGAUAUCAUAGUAAACUUUAAUACAUCUUAUUUUGAUAAGGAUACUAUUAUUAAAAAGAGAAAAAAAAUAGCAUGGAGAUACAUUUCUUCUAGUAUUUUUCUUACUGAUGCUAUUUGUACUAUUAUAAUAGGUUCAAAAAUCAUUUUUGAUGCCAAUUUUAUUUAUAAUCCUAAUAGCACACUCAUAUUUUUUGUUAAUCUUUUACUAUUUUCAAAGCUCAAUGGUAGCUAGGAGAAGCGAAAUAGUAUUUACUUUUUAUUCAAUUUGACAGAAAAUUAAAAACACUUAAUUAGGUUAUGCAACUAGUUGAUUAGUGUGAUUUCUGUAGCUCACUUUGUGAGUUUAUCAUGGUAUUUUUUAGGUUCUUAUGAAGUUGAAAACGGUUACUAGGUUUCAUGGCUAUAAAAAUUCAAUUUACUGGAAUAAACAUAUUUGGAGAAAUACAUAUAUUCGAUGUAUUGGUCAAUCACUACUAUGACUACUGUUGGAUAUGGUGAUAUAUCGGCCACAAACUAUGUAGAAGCUACAUUUAUACUAUUUUCCAUGAUUUUAUUUAGCUGCAUGUUUGCUUACUCAAUUAAUAAUAUCGGUUUCAUACUACAAGAAAUAGAAAAAUCUUCUAAACAGGUUAAUGAUAGCAUCACAACAAUUUAGAGAUAUUUAAAUAGAAAAAAUGUAAAUAUUCACCUUUAAAGCAGAGUAAGGCAUUAUCUUUAAUUUCUAGCCAAAGAACAAAAAGAUAGAAAUUUGUAAGCAGAAAAUAGUGUCUUAAAAUCAUUAUCAAAAAAGCUUAGAGAUGAAAUUGCCAUCGAAGUGAACUAAAGGAUUCUAAAAAACUAUUCUAUAUUCUAAACUAAUUUCUCCUAAUAAACGCUGGUUAAAUUAACUUUUAUAAUGGAAGAGCUCUAAAUCUCACCAAAUGAGAUAAUAUUUGAACAAGGUGAUAGUGAAGAUUAAUCAAUUUAUCUAAUAGAAAGCGGGGUUAUUGAAAUUUACUAACUACUUCCUCCUUAUUCGAAUAUAAAUAAAUUAAGGGACAAUAAUAACUCUCAUAUUUUAAAAUAGCUGAAGAAAAAAGAUUUAUUUGGAGAAAUAUCUUUCUUUUCUGGCUUAGCCCGCAAAUCUUAUGCUAGAAGUUUAAAUUUAUCAACAUUGUAUAAAAUCGAUAGAAAUAAAUUCAUAGCAAUUUUAAAGGAGAAUAACGAAGAUUUAGAAAGAUUUAAAAUGAUAGAAGAACAAAUAAAAGUCUAAAAAGAUUUUAGUUCUAUUUAUUUAGAAUGUUAUUGCUGCAAAUUAUAAGGACAUUUAGCUAACGAUUGCCCUCUCUUACAUUAAAAAUUUGAUACCCAAUUUUAAAUACUUAAGCAUAACUUUAGCAUCUACUAAAACCGACAAAAAGCAGAUAGAAGAAAGAAUAAACAAUAUCCAAAGUCAAAAUUAAUGCCUGAGUAAAACAAAGAGAUUUGUAAAGAUUUAAGGAAUCAGUUAAGAAAUUAUAAUACAAUUGUUGAAAGUUAUUUUAAAACAGAAUUAGAUUUUUUAACAUCAGCUUCUCAAAAAGAUAUAGUUAAAAAUGAUUAAGAAGACUACCAAACUUCUACAGAAGAAUCAUCAGAAAGUUUAGAGGAUGAUAAAUAACAAAAUAAAUCAGUAUUUUAGCCAGAUAAACAAAAAUCAUUAAUCUAGAAAAGAGCUAGCGAAAGGCAGCAAAAAAAUUCAAUAAUGCAAAAUAGUGAUUUUGCAGCAAACUUACUUUAAAAUGAAAAUGUGGAAUAAAUUUCAAACUAAGUAAUGUUUAAAAAUUAAUAAUCGAUAAAAACAAUUUAAAAUAUGAAUAUUGAAUAUGCCUAAUCAAAGAGUUUUUCAAAUAAUGAAUAUGCCAGUGAUACUUAGAAGACUGAUACUGAAAACGAAUUUUAAUAGGAAGAAGUAAAUCAAGGAAUAUAAAAUUAAGAAUAAUUAUUACCUUCCAUACUGAAUAGUAAAACUUUAGUUGAAAUCUAAAAAACAAACUCAAAUAUCAAAUUAGCUUCUAACCUCAGCUCUACAGAAAUAAACUUGAAGAGUAAAAAAUAAGAAAAAAAGAACUCUAAGUAAGUAAUUUAUUAAUCUAAAAAAAGAAUUAGUCAGGAUGAUUGUUAUUCAAACAAUUUCAGUGAUGAAGAAACAAUAAAGCCUAUUUAGAACUCUUCUAACAAAAGAAAAAGUAUCAAAAUCAAAGUCGGAACAAAAAAAGAUUUGCAGGAAUAGUUAUCAAAAACUUCUUUUGAAAUUUUGAAUUCUCUAAAUGGAAAUUUUUUAAAAAAUUUAGUGUACCAAAAUAGCUAAAAUACAAUUUAAACUAUUAACGCUAUUAAUAUGCAAGAAGAUGCUAUAGAUGAUCUUUCAAAAAUAAAUCAGGAUAUAAAUAAAUUAGAAUAGAAUUAAUAUUCUCUCCAAUAAAUUAAAUAAAACCAUUCAUAGAAAAGUGUUAACUUUAAUGUGAAUUAAAAUGAUCAAAAUGAAAAUAAUUUUUUAUGUAAAAGUUUGAAAGUUUUAGGGAUUCCUUCAUAGAUGAUACUAAACACUUCUAAUCAGAAAGAGAUAUUAUAAUAAAUAGAAGAUAUUUUAAGGAGAAGUAAAAAAGAUAUCACAAGCCUUUCAAAAUAUUCCUAAAGACUAAUAGAUGAAUAAUAAAAUUAUCAUAAUUUUUUUAUGAAUGAUUUUGAUAAAAUUAGAUUUUAUAAAAGAUUCUUCCCUCAUAAUAAUUUUAGUCACAUCUUUAAUAAUACCAAUUUAAAAAAAUUAACAGAAUUUAAAAAAAUCAAACAAUCUAAAACUUUCGCAAAUAAAGGAAGAAGAAAUAAUAUUUUAAAGACAGCAGUUCCAAGAAAAUCUCUGUUUUGUAAUAUCGCCUUAUUGCAAAAUAAUUUUCCGUCUGAAAUAAAUCUUGAUAGCUACAAGCCAACUUUCCUGUCUUACGGAGUUUGCUGCAAAGACUAUUCAAUUUUUCCUAAGAGUUAUCAAAAUAAUAUAUAUUUAAAUGAAAUUUUCAAAUAAUAAGAGUAACAAAAUUGAUCAUCAUAUCAAUAAAAAUUUAAUACCGUC